CCCUAGACCGACCGACAGACGGACGCUGGGACCGACUGACGGCGCCAAUGGCCGCACCCGGAGAACCCUGCGCGGGCCCGGGGGCCUGGAACCAGACAGAGCAGGAACCUGCCGCCGCCCACUUGCUGAACUUGUGCUUCCUGAGAACAGCAGGGGUCUGGGUACCCCCUAUGUACCUCUGGGUGCUUGGUCCCAUCCAUCUCCUCUCCAUUCACCGCCAUGGCCGGGGCUACCUCCGGAUGUCCCUUCUGUUCAAAGCCAAAAUGGUGCUUGGGAUCGCCCUCAUAGUCCUGUGCACCUCCAGCGUGUCUGUGGCUCUUUGGAAAAUCCAGCAGGGAGUGCCAGAGGCCCCCGAAUUCCUCAUUCACCCUACAGUGUGGCUUACCACGAUGAGCUUUGCCGUGUUCCUGAUUCAUGCCGAGAGAAAGAAAGGAGUCCAGGCAUCUGGGGUGCUGUUCGGGUACUGGCUGCUCUGCCUUCUCCUGCCAGCGACCAGCGCUGCCCAGCAGGCCUCGGGAGGGGGCUUCCAGAGUGACCCUGUCCGCCACCUGUCCACCUACCUAUGCCUGACUCUGGUGGUGGCACAGUUUGCGCUGUCCUGCCUGGCAGAUCAACCCCCCUUCUUCCCUAAGGACCCCCAACAGUCUAAUCCCUGCCCAGAGACUGGGGCCUCCUUCCCCUCCAAGGCUGUGUUCUGGUGGGUUUCUGGGCUGGUCUGGAGGGGACACAGGAGGCCACUGUGCCCAGAAGACCUCUGGUCGCUUGGGAGAGAAAACUCCUCAGAAGAACUUGUUUCCCGGUUAGAAAGGGAAUGGACAAGGACACGUCGUGCAGUCCUACGGCACGCCAAGGCAACAGCACUGAAAAGAAAAGAAGGCAGAGGUGUGGAGGCCCGGGAGACAGAGCGCUUCCUCCAGCCAGAAGAGAGCCAGCGGGGCCUAUUGCUGAGAGCCAUCUGGCAGGUUUUCCGUGCUCCCUUUCUCCUGGGGACCCUCAACCUUGUCAUCAGUGAUGUCUUUAGGUUCAUCAUUCCUAAACUGCUCAGCCUCUUCCUGGAGUUUAUCGGCGACCCCCGGGCCCCUGCCUGGAAGGGUUACCUCCUCGCUGCACUGAUGUCCCUCGUGGCCUGCCUGCAAACACUGUUCGAGCAGCAGCAUAUGUACAGACUCAAGGUGCUACAGAUGAGGCUGCGGACAGCCAUCACUGGCCUGGUGUACAGAAAGGUCCUGGCCCUGUCCAGCGGCUCCAGGAAGGUCAGCGCAGUGGGCGACGUGGUCAACCUGGUGUCAGUGGAUGUGCAGCGGCUGAGCGAGAGCCUCCUCUUCAUCAACGGGCUGUGGCUGCCCCUUGUCUGGAUGCUCUUCUGCUUUGCUUACCUCUGGCAGCUCCUGGGUCCCUCUGCCCUCACCGCCAUUGCCGUCUUCCUGAGCCUCCUUCCUCUGAAUUUCUUCAUCACCAAGAAGAAGACCCACUAUCAGGAGGAGCAAAUGCGGCAGAAGGACUCUCGGGCACGGCUGACCACCUGCACCCUCAGGAAUGCCAGGGCCAUCAAGUCCCACGGCUGGGAGGAGGCCUUCCUGGAGAGAGCCCUGUGCGUCCGUCGCCGUGAGCUGUGCGCCCUGCGCACCUCCGGCCUCCUCUUCUCCACCUCGCUGGUGUCCUUCCAAGUGUCCACGUUUCUGGUUGCGCUGGUUGUGUUUGCCGUUCACACGCUGGUGGCUGAGGAGAAUGCCAUGGAUGCGGAGAAGGCCUUUGUGACACUCACGGUCCUCAGCCUCCUCAACAAAGCCCAGGCCUUCCUCCCCUUCUCCAUCCACUCCUUAGCCCAGGCCCGGGUGUCCUUUGACCGUCUGGUCACCUUCCUCUGCCUGGAAGAAUUUGACCCUGAUGCUGUGGACAAAAGUCCCUCUGGAUCAGAUGCCAGGAAGGAUUGCAUCACCAUACACAGGGGCACCUUCGCCUGGUCCCGGGAAAGCCCUCCCUGCCUCCACAGGAUAAACCUCGCCGUGCCCCAGGGCUGUCUGCUGGCUGUCGUGGGCCCAGUGGGGGCAGGGAAGUCCUCCCUGCUGUCCGCCCUUCUCGGGGAGCUGACAAAGGUGGAGGGCUCCGUGAACAUCAAGGGCCCAGUGGCCUACGUGCCCCAGGAGGCCUGGGUGCAGAGCAGCUCUGUGGCGGAGAAUGUGUGCUUCCGGCAGGAGCUGGACCUGCUGUGGCUGGAGACAGUGCUAGAGGCCUGCGCACUGCGACCGGACCUGGAUGGCUUCCCCGCGGGAGUCCACACCCCAAUUGGGGAGCAGGGCAUGAGCCUCUCCGGGGGCCAGAAGCAGCGGCUGAGCCUGGCACGCGCCGUGUACCGCAAGGCCUCUGUGUACCUGCUGGAUGACCCACUGGCGGCCCUUGAUGCCCAUGUCAGCCAGCACAUCUUCAACCAGGUCAUCGGACCCAGAGGGCUGCUGCGAGGCACAACACGGAUUCUCGUGACCCACACGCUCCACGUCCUGCCACAGGCUGACUGGAUUGUGGUGCUGGCAGAUGGGGCCAUUGCAGAGAUGGGUUCCUACCAGGAGCUUCUGAACAGGAAGGGGGCCCUGGUGGGCCUUCUGGACCGAGCCAGACAGCCAGGAGACAGGGGAGAGGCAGAUACAGAACCUGGGACCAGCGCUGAGGGUCUCAGUGGCUCCUUGGCAGGCAAGAGGCCUGAGCCCAGACCAGAGAGGUCCAUCAUGUCCGUCCCUGAGAAGGACAGCGGCACCUCAGGAGCCCAGACAGGAGUCCCUCUGGAUGACCCUGAGGGGGCAGGAUGGCCAACAGGAAAGGAGAGCGUGCAGCAUGGCAGGGUGAAAGCCACCAUGCACCUGGCUUACCUGCAGGCCGUGGGCACCCCCCUCUGCCUCUACACACUCUUCCUCUUCCUCUGCCAGCAAGUGGCCUCCUUCUGCCGCGGCUACUGGCUGAGCCUGUGGGCAGACGACCCCACAGUGGCCGGGCGGCAGACGCAGGCAGCCCUACGGGGCUGGGUCUUCGGGCUCCUGGGCUGUCUCCAAGCCAUCGGGCUGUUUGUGUCCAUGGCCGCAGUACUCCUAGGUGGGGUCCGGGCAUCCAGGCUGCUCUUCCAGAGGCUACUGUGGGACGUGGUGAGAUCUCCCAUCAGCUUCUUUGAGCGGACACCCAUCGGGAACCUACUGAACCGCUUCUCCAAGGAGACAGACACGGUGGAUGUGGACAUCCCAGACAAACUCCGGUCCUUGCUGACUUACACCUUUGGACUCCUGGAGGUCAUCCUGGUGGUGGCGGUGGCCACCCCACUAGCCAUUGUGGCCAUCCUGCCACUGUUGCUCAUCUAUUCCGGGUUUCAGAGCCUGUAUGUGGCCACCUCGUGCCAACUGAGACGCCUGGAGUCAGCCAGCUACUCGGCUGUGUGCUCCCACAUGGCUGAGACCUUCCAGGGCAGCACAGUAGUCAGGGCGUUCCGAGCCCAGGGCCCCUUUGUGACUCAGAGCGAUGCCCGCGUGGAUGAAAGCCAGAGGGUCAGUUUCCUGCGACUGGUGGUGGACAGGUGGCUUGCUGCCAACAUGGAGCUCCUGGGGAAUGGCCUGGUGUUCGUGGCUGCCACGUGUGCUGUGCUGAGCAAGGCCCACCUGAGCGCCGGCCUCGUGGGCUUCUCGGUCUCUGCCGCCCUCCAGGUGACCCAGACCCUGCAGUGGGCUGUUCGCAGCUGGACAGACCUGGAGGGCAGCAUCGUGUCAGUGGAGCGGAUGAAAGACUAUGCUCGGACGCCCAAGGAGGCCCCCUGGAGGCUGCCCACCUGCGCAGCUCAGCCCCCCUGGCCUCACGGUGGGCAGAUCGAGUUCCGAGGCUUUGGACUGAGAUACCGGCCUGAGCUCCCGCUGGCUGUGCAGAACGUGUCCUUCAAGAUCCACGCGGGAGAGAAGGUGGGCAUCGUUGGCAGGACAGGGGCCGGGAAGUCCUCCCUGGCCGGAGGCCUGCUGCGGCUCCAGGAGGCAGCUGAGGGUGGCAUCUGGAUCGACGGGGUCCCCAUCGCCCAGGCGGGGCUGCACACCCUGCGGUCCCGGAUCACCAUCAUCCCCCAGGACCCCGUGCUGUUCCCCGGCUCCCUGCGGAUGAACUUGGACCUGCUCCAGGAGCACUCAGACCAAGCCAUCUGGGAGGCCUUGGAGACCGUGCAGCUCAAGGCCUUGGUGGCCAGUCUGCCCGGCCAGCUGCAGUACGAGUGUGCAGACCGGGGCGAGGACCUGAGUGUGGGUCAGAAGCAGCUCCUGUGUCUGGCACGUGCCCUUCUCCGGAGAACCCAGAUCCUCAUCCUGGACGAGGCCACGGCCGCCGUGGACCCGGGCACUGAGCAGCAGAUGCAGGCCGCCCUAGGGGGCUGGUUUGCGCAGUGCACAGUGCUGCUUAUUGCCCACCGCCUGCGCUCUGUGAUGGACUGCGCCCGGGUGCUGGUCAUGAAUGAGGGGCAGGUGGCAGAGAGUGGCAGCCCAGCUCAGCUGCUGGCCCAAAAGGGCUUGUUCUACAGGUUGGCCCAGGAGUCGGGCCUGGUAUGA